AACUUUGUGCAAGUUAUUCAUUUCUGAAACGUAGAAAAAUGAAGAGAUCACUUACGUUUUUCAUUUUAGCGUUAAUUGCUACCGUAAUUGCAGAUGAUUAUAACAAAAUCCUGGAAGACGUUGCAAAAGAAUUCAACACCGAUGUAUCGAUAUUCCAAGAAUGUCUGGACGAAGGAGAAAUCAAAAUAGAAGAGUUCAUUGCUGGGUUACAAAAGUUGGUUGGCGUCUUUUUCGAGGAGAAGGAUUCCAAUGAAGAAUCAAAACAAUUUCGUAUGAAAUUCAAAAAAUUUGAGACUUGUAGAUUAAAAAAGAAACAAUUGUUGCUAGAUAACAAGUUAGUUAUAGACAAAAUAAUUGAAGAAAUAAAAGAAAACAUUAAUAAGAAGGGUGGGCUACAGUUGUCAGAGGAAACUUUUACGAAUAUAAAGAAAUGUUUAAAUUCAUUAAAUGAAAACAGCCAAUUGACUGACGAAGAUAGAGCCUUUGGUUUAAUACCAUGUGUAAUCGCUAAUACGAACGACCAGAGACAAUAAAACGAGAUUGUAAAAUGCAGUAUAUCGGCUGAA